AUGGGUUGCGUUUCCUCUAAACUCAUCAAAAAAGACAUCAACCAAGAAAAUGGUUACCUUAACCAUGUCGUUUCUCUCACUUCCUCAACCUACGGAGCACUGAGUCUAGACAAGAACAGCAACAACAACAGCAACAGAAACGACUCUUCGGAUUCCAAUGACUCUUCCGAUUCCAGUGUUUCAAAAGUUUCUGAAACAGAAGCAGAAACAGUGUCGAGACCAAACCCAUCACCAACACAGAGAGACAAAGAAACAGAAACUGUUAUCAAAAUCAAUGCUUGGGAACUCAUGGAGGGUCUUGAAGAAGGAGUACCCAUUUCGAAUGUCCCUAAGAAAAGCCCAAAGUCCGCACCUUUUCUUCGAGGGUUUUUGGCUUCUGAUACAAGAAGUCCUUUGAAGUUUCUUAAUCAAUUUGGGUCACCGAAAACCACACUCAAGAAAUCGUCAGGGAAGGAGAAUAAGGUUCAAGUUACUAAUAUGGUUAGAGGCGGUGUUCGUCGCUUGGAUUAUAGUUAUAGUCCUAAAGGAAUUUUCAAAUCCACCGCAAAUUCAUCUCCUAAGAAUAAAGGUUCUCCGUUUUCUGCUAAAAGAAACAGUUUUGGGAAUGAGAGAAAGAGUACCGGUUCCAUUUCUAGUCCUUUGUUUGAACCGGAACUUUCAGAAGAGGAAGAACAAAUCAAGAGAGUUGUUUUUGCUACUGCGAAAACUAGAAGAGAGAGGAAGUCUGUCGACUCAAUCACACUUUUGAAUUUGUAUGAGAGCAAAUGUCCUCCGGGAGGGGAAAAUUCUGUUGUGAUUUACACAACCACGUUAAGAGGAAUCAGAAAGACUUUUGAAGAUUGUAAUAAAGUUAGAUCGAUCAUUGAAUCUUAUUGUGUGUGUUUGCGCGAGCGCGAUGUGUCUAUGGAUUCCGGGUUUAAGGAGGAAUUGAAGAAGUUAAUGGAAAUGAAACAAGUUCAAGUUCCGGUUGUGUUUGUGAAGGGGAGAUUUAUUGGAGGAGUUGAUGACGUAGUGAGAUUGGAAGAUGAGGAGAAAUUGGGGGUUCUUUUGGAAGGGAUUCCAAGGGCGUUAGGAGUUUGUGAAGGGUGUGGAGGAAUGAGGUUUGUGAUGUGCAGGGAAUGUAACGGAAGUUGUAAGGUUUUGGAUGAGAAGAUGAAGAAAAGUGUCAAGUGUGGUUAUUGUAAUGAGAAUGGAAUUAUUCGUUGUUCUAUAUGUUGUUGA